CAAUCCAACCUAUCUAUCUAAUAUCUCAUCUCAUUCCCUUCCCCCACCCCCCCCGAGCUGCUAGAUAGUGGUGAAGUUAGUUUGCAAAAGGACGGUUCGAUCUUUACUUGAGGCCAACCAUCGAGAAGCAAGAAAGAAAAACACACACACAAAAUUGUGAGGAAGAUUGAUUAAUUAAGGAUGAUCAUCAACGUGAAGGAAUCGAGUUUGGUCCGGCCGGCGGAGGAGACGCCGAAACUGGGGCUGUGGAACGCCAACGUUGACCUGGUGGUGCCCAGGUUCCACACUCCCAGCGUCUACUUCUACCGCCCCACCGCCGCCGCCGACUUCUUCGACCCGGCCGUCAUGAAACGGGGCCUGGCUAAGGCCCUGGUGCCGUUUUACCCGAUGGCUGGGCGCCUCAGGAGGGACGAAGACGGCCGGAUCGAGAUCGACUGCAACGCCCAAGGCGUUCUCUUCGUCGUCGCCGGGACCACGUCGGUGAUUGAUGAUUUUGGCGACUUUGCUCCCACGUUGGAGCUCCGGCAGCUCAUCCCCGCUGUGGAUUACUCCGCCGGGAUCUCCACCUAUCCUCUCUUGGUUCUCCAGGUGACAUAUUUUAAGUGCGGCGGAGUUUCACUCGGCGUCGGGAUGCAACACCACGCCGCCGACGGCUUCUCCGGCCUCCACUUCGUCAACACAUGGUCCGACAUGUCACGAGGGCUCCACCUCACUCUGCCGCCUUUCAUCGACCGGACCCUCCUCCGAGCCCGCGACCCGCCCCGACCAGCCUUCGACCACGUCGAGUACCUGCCGCCACCGGCGAUGAAAAUUUCCGCCACCACCGCCGCCACUGGCGGCGCCGCUUCCAAACCGGCCACCGAUCCCCCCGCCGCCGCCGUCUCGAUUUUCAAGCUGACAAGAGACCAGCUCAACGCCCUCAAGGCCAAAGCCAAGGAAGCCGGGAACACAAUCAGCUACAGCUCCUACGAGAUGCUCGCCGGCCACGUCUGGCGGUCCGCCUGCAAGGCCCGCGGGCUGGCCGGCGACCAGGACACCAAGCUGUACAUCGCCACCGACGGCCGGUCCCGCCUCCGCCCCCAGCUACCUCCGGGCUACUUCGGUAACGUGAUCUUCACCACGACCCCGAUGGCGUCGGCGGGGGAUCUGGGGACCAAGCCGACCUGGUUCGCGGCGGGCCGGAUCCACGACGCGCUGUCCCGAAUGGACGACGAGUACCUGAGAUCGGCGCUGGAUUACUUGGAUGUCCAGCCGGAUCUGACGGCGCUGGUGCGCGGGGCCCACACGUUCAAGUGCCCCAACCUCGGGAUAACGAGCUGGGCCCGGCUGCCGAUCCACGACGCGGACUUCGGGUGGGGCCGGCCCAUCUUCAUGGGCCCCGGCGGGAUCCCGUUCGAAGGGCUGUCCUUCAUCCUGCCCAGCCCGACCGGCGACGGGAGCAUGUCGGUGGCGAUCUCGUUGCAGGAAGGGCACAUGAAGUUGUUUAAGACCCUCAUCUAUGAGAUUUAGUUUUAAUUCAUUAAUUAAUAAACCUUUUUCUCAAACGAAUUAUUGGGACAGAUGAUUUUUCUUUUUGUUCAUGAUAAAGUUCUCUCGUUCGUCCCAAUUUGAUGCAGACGAGUUCGUGAAACUAGUCUUCAUUAGACAUGAAAAUGCACAAGCGAAAAGUUACGGUGCUGCUCUGUUUUCGGCUGAUUGCCUCCUGUCCUGUCUGAUUUGUACCGCAUAUUUUGUCCAAGCUGCAUUGUUGGAAAUUUAGUUGAAUUGGACUAACAAACUCAAAUCGUUUUCAGUCGAUUCUGUAGCUUCUAAUUGAUGAUUGCACUUUUGUAAGUUUAUCAAUGAAAGCAGCUUCAUUCAUC